AGAACCAGUGCUAGAACCAGUUGAAACAAGGCAAUGGAGAGGGUACUUUCACUUUAUUUUUUGUUACUGACGAUUUCAAACGGAUUUUCUUUACAGUUUAAUAUAUGUGUUAAUGUAAGCCAACCUUUGGCUAGAACAAGUAAACAAUUUGUGGGAAUAACUUUAAACAGUACAUUUGUGAAAGAAAACUGGAGAUAUUUUGAUCUACAAUCAAGGAGAAUACAGACAUUAGCCAAAGGUCUGGCACCAGCAUAUCUGAGAAUUGGGGGAACGGAUGCUGAUUUUGUCAUUUUUACUAAAUCAAAGUCGGAACUCAUCAAGGAGCAUGUUUAUCCAGAAUUUGAUCCUGUCAACUUCACCAUGUCAGAGUCAUCUUGGGACAGCAUUCACAGAUUUAUGGAGAAAGUUGGUUGGACAUUGGUUUUUGACCUCAAUUUACUCUAUCGCACCAGCGGCAAAUGGAACUCUUCAAAUGCAGAGGAUUUAAUAAAGUACACCGUCAAGAAAAACUACACAAUGGCAGGAUGGGAGCUUGGAAAUGAACCUGGUGAGUAUAUGAAGUUUGGAGUCAAUCUGACUGUUCAGGAGCUUGUCAAGGACUACCAGAAGUUAUCCAGCAUCCUGUCCAAAGCACCUGCCAAGGUCAGGGGUCACAUCUUAAUAGGGCCCAGUACUAUACCACUGGUUCAGACUCGUGUCAUAAAGUUUUUCAAUGAAUUUUUACAAUUAGGAGGUAGCAGUGCAGUAACAUCACCAAAUUUUCAUCAUUACUAUAUGGACCAAGCGAGUGCCUCCCUUAGAGACUUUAUUGACCCAGACAUACUUGAUGGACUUCAGGUAGAAAUUAACCAUGGAAAUGAUGCAACCAAAAAGUUUACCAAAGGGAAACAACUGUGGAUAGGGGAGACAAGCUCAGCUUGGGGAGGAGGAGCUAAGGGUCUGUCUGAUACUUAUGUGGCAGCUUUCAUGUGGCUGGAUAAACUUGGUCUUGCUGCAAAAAGUAAUGUUGGUGCUGUUAUACGGCAGACAUUUUAUGGAGCAAAUUAUGGACUGAUAGACCACAUCACCCAGGAACCAAAUCCUGACUAUUGGUUAACCUAUUUAUACAAAAAGCUGGUUGGAGAUUAUGUGUUCCAAACAACAUCAUCAGAUAAGGACAGGAGAGUGAGAUUUUAUUGCCACUGUGCUGCAGAUGGAUUUCCCCCAGGCAGCCUCACUCUGUAUGGCAUGAAUCUGUACAAUUCUAAUGUGACAGUACAACUGAACCAAGAGUUUGAUACCUCUCACAUGCUGGUUUAUCUGAUGUCACCUCCCAACAAUGAUCUCAAGUCUAAGUAA